AAAGGUUCACACCUGGCAGACAGCAUCACUAUCAAUCCACACAAGAUGUUAGGAGUACCUCUGCAGUGUUCAUUCCUGUUGGCACCAGAUGCGCGGAGAUUCCAGCGAGCAGAUAGCUUGACUGCUGCGUAUCUCUUUCAUCCUGGCAAUGAAGGCUAUGACUUGGGUGACUCAACGGUGGGAUGUGGUCGACGGCCGGAUGCAGUCAAGAUGUUUCUCUCGUGGAACUGGUACGGUCGGAGUGGAUAUGAACAGCGCGUGAAUCGUGCGUAUGAGAAUGCUGCGUUAUUGGCAGGCAAGAUUGCAGCGAAUCCUCGCUUUACGCUUGUGUCAGAGAACCCUCCACCGUGCUUACAAGUAUGUUUCUACUUCCAUGCGGAUGAAGAGGCAGAGAGAACAGAUAGACAGGGCCGGUUCCUGGUGGACUUUGCGCCUGGCCCCCAUGGUGAGUUCUUCAGAGCUGUGCUCAACUCACCGAAUCAGAAGGAGGAGACCCUAGAUGAGCUGGUUCUAGCAUAGAACAACUGGGAUCGCAGUAGUGUAUAUAUACUGGUCCUGUAGCAAUACGGCUUGAAGUUGAGUCGCCUUCUGGAUCCUGUCACUGUUUUGACGAUGAAGCCACCCAAAAAGCACCAACAGCUCACAACACACCAAGACGAUGACUGCUCCGGCGUAGCUAUCUCCCUAAGCAACAAGAGACACAUCCAGCGCCAUGUCGCGCAACGUGCAUAACCUCUCUACGCGCGAACGCAUCAUCCGCUCCUUGUUUAGCGAACGCGC